AUGUUACCGGGUUUUUCUUCUCCUACAACGAUUACUUUAUCGGGAGAUCUUGAGGAAGGCCUCGAUGAAGUGCCUUCCAUGCCAUGGAUGACCAUUGCUUACUACACCUGUGAGGUGAUCCUAGGGGUCUGUGCAGCCGUUGGUAAUGCCACCAUAGUGUUAGCCGUAGCUGUCACCAAGAAGCUCCACACCAUACCCAACACCUACCUGGUCUCACUGGCCAUUACCGACUUCUGCAUGGGUGUUGUUGGUAUUCCUUCCCUGCUGCUCGCCCUCAACGGUUACCCAAGGAACUACGGCCUCUGCAUGACGCUUCUGACCAUCGUCCUAUUGCUCGACCUGUGCUCCAUGUACUCUCUCCUGGCACACACCUUCAACCAGUACUACGCCACUUGCCGACCCUUCCACUAUUCAACCAUCACCACCCCGAAUCGGGUGAUACUUCAUGUGUUCCUGGCUUGGGCUGUUCCGCUCUCCAUGGCUUUGGUCAUGCCGAUGGGUUGGAACAACGGUGAUGCUACCAAGGAUCUUUGUGUCCUGAUCGAGAUUGUCAGGAUGGACUACCUGGCCUUCCUGUUCUUUGUCGGUAUGAUACCACCGUUUGUCGCUAUGUGCAUUAUGUACCGCAGCAUAUUCAAGGCCAUCUCAAAACAGCUGCACCAGUUGGAGGAUUUAGAGAAGAUAAGAACGCGACUGCAGGUUGCAGCCCCAUCUGAAGGCGCUUCAAAAAAGGAUCCUUCAACCGGCAAAGAUCACCCUGAAGGCGGUAAUGCGAAAAACAAAUCGCCCGACGUUUUGGCGUCGGGGAUUUCACGCCAACCGAGCAUUGAUAAAAACGACAGGAAGGACAACGGAUGUGGAGACGGUAGCGACAAUUGUGGGAAGAUGGGUAGAAAAGCUAAUGAUGGUGGCACCAGCAGCUAG